AUGGCGGAAGAUUCGUACGACGAAGAGUGCGACUACCUGUUCAAGGCGGUGCUGAUCGGUGACUCAGCCGUCGGGAAAUCAAACCUCUUGUCGAGAUUUUCCAAAGACGAGUUCCGGUUCGACUCUAAACCAACCAUCGGAGUUGAAUUCGCUUACCGGAAUGUCCACGUCGGAGAUAAGAUCAUCAAGGCUCAGAUUUGGGACACCGCCGGUCAAGAAAGAUUUAGAGCAAUUACAAGUUCGUACUACCGUGGAGCAUUAGGGGCAUUGCUGAUUUACGACAUCACAAGAAGAACAACUUUCGAAAACAUCAAGAAAUGGCUUUUUGAGCUCAGAGAUUUCGCCAAUCCCGACACCGUCGUUGUACUCGUCGGCAACAAAUCCGAUCUCCGCCAAUCCAGAGAAGUCGAAGAAGAUGAAGGCAAGGCUCUAGCUGAAUCAGAAGGUCUCUGUUUCCUCGAGACCUCGGCUUUCGAGAACGUUAACGUCGAAGAAGCGUUUCUCGUGAUGAUCGGACGGAUACAUGAGGUUGUGAGCCAGAGGAUCGCCUUGGACAACAAAUCCAACGGCGUUGCGACUGCGCACGUUAACGGUAACGGUACUGUUCUUCCCGUCGGGAAGGAGAUUGUGAAUAUCCAUGAAGUCACUGCUACUCAAACCUCAAGCCCUUCUUCUUCCAUUUGUUGUUUCCAGUAA